AUGACGGGACAGCUCAAGGUUGUCGUGCUCGGCGCGGGACAGAUGGGAUCAGGAAUUGCGACCCUGCUCGCUGACGCCGGUCACGAGGUCACAUCUUGGGACGCCGUCCCGGCAGCCCUAGAGCGGCUGCCGUCGAACAUCAAGACGACGCUCGAACUCGAGGACGCAGUCCGAGGCGCUGACCUGAUUAUGGAGGCGAUCGCGGAGGACAUGGAUAUCAAGCAUGGAGUGUACAAGCGUAUCUCGGCUGUAAACGAGAACGGCAUCCUGGCAUCGAACACUUCGUCCCUAUCGGCCUCUGCCCUCGCCGAGGCCGUUUCGAAUCCUGGCCGCUUCGCAAUUGCCCACUUCUUCAACCCUCCGCGCCUGGUGCCGCUCGUCGAGAUUGUACCCGCUUCAAGCACGCGUGAAGAUGUUCUGCAGACGUUGAAGGACGUGCUCGCCCACGCGGGCAAGCUCCCCGUCGUACUGAUGAAGGAAGCGCCUGGGUUCGUUGCGAACCGUCUGCAGGCCGCUCUGCUCCGUGAAGCUUUCUCUCUCGUCGAGGACGGUGUCGUGUCUCCUGAAGAUCUCGACCUCGUUGUUCGUGCGAGCAUUGGCCCGCGGUGGGCCGCUGGUGGACCCAUGACGAUCACGGAUCUCGGUGGACUCGACAUUUGGAAGGCGGUCACGACGCAGCUGUACCCCGUGCUCAGCAAUACGGAUACCCCUCCGAGGACGAUCACGGACAGGGUGGAUAAGGGGGAGCUUGGAGCGAAGACGGGGACGGGCAUCUACCAACACAAGCCGGAAGAGGAUCAGAGGGUCAAGGACCGGAUCGAGGAGCACUUCAAGCUCGAGUUCCCGAACCUUUAA